AUGCAGAGCGUCCCGGAGGAGUGGAGGGAGGAUGGGAGGACGGGGGAGACGGCGGACGGGACGACGACGAGUAGGAGGAGGGGGGAGCCGGAGGAGAAGGGUGGAGGAGCCGCGGCUGAGGAGACCCUGAUGAUGGAGCUGAGCAGGCUGGUGCAGAAGACGGUGAAGGAGAGCAGCUGGUGGGAGCGGAGGGGAGUGGACUGCAGCAUCCUGGCUGCAGCCUUCGUCGGCCUGCCGCCCGCCUUCCUGCUGCUUGGCUCCUCCCACUUCCUGUGGUUUUCGGCAGGCGUGCUGCUGAUGGGCGUGGCUCACGCCGUCAUCACCGUCAAAGGGACUCACCUGGCCAGCCACGGAGCGCUGAGCGAGUCGCAGGCCUGGGCCAAGUUCUGGGCCGUCUUCUUCAUCGAGAUCUGCGGUUCGUUCUCGGCUCGGGCCGGCGUUCAAGGUCACAUCAAGAUGCACCACGCUCACACCAACGUCAUCGGCCUGGGCGACUCCAGCGUCUGGAAGGUGCCUUUCCUGCCUCGAUCCGUCUACCUGUUCGUCGCCCCGCUGGCCGUCCCCGUCAUCACCCCGCUGGUCGCCCUCGCUCACCUCAGAGGUCACUCGGCGGUGCUCGUGGCCCGGACUGUCGUCAUGGUGACGCUGGGCCUGUAUUCGCAGUACUGGCUGCUGAUGAACGUCUCCGGCUUCACGUCGCCGCUCAGCGCUCUGCUCUGCAUGCUGGUCUGCAGGGCCAUGUUCUCGGUGCCGUACAUCCACGUCAACAUCUUCCAGCACAUCGGUCUGCCGAUGUUUUCUCCGACGCGCCGUCCGAAGAGGAUCUACCAGAUGACCCACGGAGUCCUGAACCUUCCUCGUAACCCGCUGCUGGACUGGAUGUUCGGACACUCGCUCAUCAACUGCCACGUGGAGCAUCACCUCUUCCCCUUCCUGUCCGACAACAUGUGUCUGAAGGUGAAGCCGGUCGUGUCCAAGUACCUGACUGAGAAGCAGCUGCCCUACCAGGAGGACGGCUACCUGUCGAGGCUGCAGCUCUUCUUCGACCGGUACCAGGAGCUGAUGGUGUUCGCUCCGCCCAUCACGGAGCUGGUCGGCGUCCAGUGACGGAGGAAGAAACUGUGUCGGACUCUGAAGCACAAACGUUUCUUCUGACGCGUCCGGUGUUCAGGUUUGAGCCUCGAACACAAACAAACAGACUCUGAAUCAGUGUUUAGUCCAACGUUAGGAGAUGAAUUAACCACUCGUGACUGAUUCUGUAAAGUAUUAAAGUAGCUCGAUGAAUAUCCUGCACUGCUAGAGAUGAUUUAACACAAAGACAAACCAAAAGCUGACUGUGAUUGUUGGGAGCUGUGUUGAUUGAACUGACCUGGGGUCUGUCUCAUGACGCAAAUCCAACAGCUGCUUCUGACGGACAAAGAUGGUUUAAUAUUCACCUGCAGCAAGAAAAACCUCAAGGCCUCGCACUGAUAAGAUGCUGAUUUAUUCUCUGCAGCUUCAAAAAUAUAUAUAAAAAAAGCAGCAUACACUGUAAACUAUAUGAGAAAUAACUAAACUAGUGUGCAGAUAUUUUUUAGGCUUAAAUCAAUGAUUUUAAUAUGUUAAGUUGCUUUAAUUGGUGAAGUGAUUUAUUACAGAUUAAAGGAAAAUUAUUACAAUGAAAAAUAGCAUAAAAUGUAUGUUUCUGUGGUUCUACCUUUAAAAUGAAAAUUUUUAUUCAGUCUUUUUAUUUUCAUUUUUAAAAAUUUCGUCUGGUGAACCAAACACGUUGAGCCAAAACAGCAGCAGCACAAAAAAAUACUAAAAUAAAACUAAAAGCAGAAACAACAACAACAACA